GUUUGUCUUCCCUUCUCACCAUAUAAAAAGGAAGAAGUGAAGUUUCAGUGAAAACUGAAAAAGAAAGAAAAAGCAGCAAAACGAAUUGAAGCUUGUUGUUGGUGGCUGCUGUGAAAUGGGUGUGAUCUCGGGUCAAUGUUACAGCACUCUCGGAUCCUACAACAAACCCUUCUUCUCUUCUCAGACUCUCCGCCAUUCAACUCCCUUUUCCGUUUCUUCUCCGCCACCUCGACUCAGAACAACAAUUUCAUGUCGCGCCGUCGCCGCCGAAUCUCCCCUCACCGCGAAAGUUGGGCUGAAAGAUUUUAUCCACAUUGAUGAUUUUGACAAGGACACCAUUUUGAAGAUGUUAGAUCGAGCCAUUGAGGUCAAGGCUUUGCUCAAAUCGGGGGACAGGUCGUUUCGGCCGUUUGAAGGGAAGACUAUGUCUAUGAUAUUUACAAAGCCGUCCAUGAGAACGCGGGUCUCGUUCGAGACUGGCUUUUCGUUGUUGGGUGGCCAUGCUGUUUAUUUAGGACCUGAUGAUAUUCAAAUGGGUAAGCGAGAGGAGACUCGUGAUGUUGCUCGUGUUUUGUCUCGCUACAAUGACCUCAUUAUGGCUCGUGUUUUUGCUCAUCAGGAUAUACUUGACCUUGCAAAGUAUGCAACUGUGCCAGUCAUUAAUGGGUUGACAGAUUACAAUCAUCCCGUCCAGAUAAUGGCUGAUGCUCUUACUAUGAUUGAGCACAUCGGUCGGGUUGAAGGUACCAAGGUUGUAUAUGUUGGAGAUGGAAAUAAUAUUGUUCAUUCAUGGUUGUUGUUGGCAUCAGUAAUUCCCUUUCACUUCGUCUGUGCGUGUCCAAAAGGUUUUGAACCUGAUGCAAAAACAGUUGAGAAGGCGAGGAAGGCUGGUAUCAGCAAGAUUGAGAUAACUAAUGAUCCCAAAGAAGCUGUUAAAGGGGCUGACGUUGUGUAUUCCGAUGUCUGGGCCAGCAUGGGCCAAAAGGAAGAAGCUGCAUACCGUCGUGAAGUGUUCAAAGGAUUUCAGGUGGACAAAAUUCUUAUGGAUAUUGCUGGUUCAAAGGCGUUUUUCAUGCAUUGCUUACCAGCGGAAAGAGGGGUGGAGGUAACUGACGAAGUUGUUGAAGCUCCGUAUUCAAUAGUCUUUCCGCAAGCUGAGAACCGAAUGCACGCACAAAAUGCCAUAAUGCUCCAUGUACUUGGCAAGUAGUUUGCUAGAUGAUAAUCUAGUUUGAGGUUGAGCAGGAUUAAUGUACACUUGCAAUAAUCAUUUCCUUCUCAUGCUUAUAGAAGUAUUUUUGGUCUAUAGAGUUGGAAUUUGAGUUGCGUUUUUGUUAGUACUAGCCAGUGAAGAACAGCAGAAUUGAAUGAACAUGCUAGUAUGAAGUUUCUUUUUGGCUUAAAUAA